AGCGCUGCCUCCAGUCCGGGUCAGGAGUUCUCCCAGGUGUCUAGGAUGACAAGUGCCUCAACAUGGCAGAUAAACCAAAGGUUCAUGUGUUUGUGGGUGCACCAAAUCUGUCACUUUCUGAGGAAGACUUGGAAAAAGGUUCCUCUCAGUGGAGAACUCUGGGGCUGAGCUGGAAUCAGGGAAGGUUGAGGCCCAGCACGGAACCUAAAGAGACCCAAACAAAUCCUAAUGUUGCUGCAGAGGCAGCUGACAAACCAAAUUCAACCGCUGAUCAGGAAAAGCUCAAUGAUUUGUGUCUUCAUCAGGCUAGCAAGACAGCAUCUGAUGAUGAUGUCACACCCUCAAUCAGUCAGUCAUUUUUGGCCAAGCCAGUGCAUCCCGAAAAGGAGGACUUGUGCACUAAUGUGGUUACUGAAUAUUUAGACAGCUGCUUUCCUUCACAAGUCAGUCCAAGACCAGAACCAGAUCCUGAGCCUAGUCCUGUUAUGUCUGUGGAGACAGAAUAUCUAACCACUUGGACCAAAAGUCAGUGUUUGCUCCUUAAAAGUGGAGUGGUUAGACAUCAUGAAUCUGGCUCUCUUGACACCUCUGGAUCUACUCAAACUCCACCAAAACAAACCUCCCCACCCUCUCUGGGCUCUCCAGAACUCUAUAGUCCAGAGGUAAGUCCAGGGGAUCGAGGCCUUGGAGGAACUCUGCAGGGAUCAGGGAACAUGUUUGAAAGUCUAAGCCAGUGGCAGCAAGAAGGAGGCGUGUUUUUGUUGCGCACACCUGACGGCAUUCUGUUUUCACAGUCCAAUCCUGUAGAACAGGAAGACCCCGAACUUCAUUUUGUUGAAUCUCCAGACACAUCCAUAGAAACUUCACCUAAACCUAGCACCUCCAAACGGGCAAAACUGUCUUCAGCCAGAGCUAUAAGCAAACAGAGAUCAGACCACAAUAGCAUGUUCCUACCUGAUGGCCACACCACUUUAUUGUCCAGGUGUAGAAGUCAUGGAGUGAGUUACACCGUUUCGGUUGCAGUGGUGCACCCAUGCUACCUGAAGGAGAUCAGAGUAAAGUCAGGAAUAUCGGCUGGGACCGAUGUUCCCUUAGCGACAGUCAUCGUCACUGACCAGUCAGACAUGGAGAUGAAAUUAGUGCUGUGGAGGGCAGCAGCAUUCUGGGCCCUGACCAUUCAUCCUGGAGAUAUAUUACUUAUCACAGGCGUGACAGUGCAUGUUGAUAAAUGGCGAGGAGAAACUGUACUACAGUCAUCCUACAUGAGUCGACUACUAAACCUGGGUCAGAUCACGCCAGACCGUAUUCCACAAGCUCCAGGAAGUGUUAAUGUUCAUACCCUCAGAGCACUGUGCACUUAUCUGCAUGAGUCGCGCCCUCUGCUGGUUUCUCUGCCGUGUCGCAAUGCUCAGGACCUGAACUCCAUUCCCUUCGCCAAUCUAGGUUCUCUACGUCUGGACACUCUUGCUCAUGGUCUGCUGAGAGUCAAACACACCAGAAAUAUAUCAGCCUGGAGUGACAGGGCGGAGGGUGUAUCACGGGCGGGCAGCGUGCCUAAAGCUGUGUUAACUGUUGAGCAGGGAGAUGGCAUGCAGGGAGCCAUGGUUCUGUGGGGAGCUGCUCUCAUAUGGUUACAGCGCAUACACACAAACAUGGAUGCUGUUUGGGAGUUUAGGCUGCUGCUAGUGAAACAGGAUGUGACCUCUGGCCUGCCCGAACUUCACUCCACUCCAUUUAGCUCCUGUCAGCGUCUGUCCACAAACGACCCGAGAUAUGAAAAGUUCUGCACCGCGGUCCAUCCACACCGAGGCACGAGCAGCUUCGAGAUAGAUCUACGCACACUACUGUCCCAGAAAUACACAGGAGACGUGGAGCUGAGAGUUCAGAUCACAUCAUUCGAGUUCCAGAGCAGCCCUUCCCAGGAUGUUGUGCAGCUUAUGGAUAAGGAAACCUCCUUGGAGAAGAUUAUGGACAUUGUGUCUGGUGACAUCACUUUCACGGGUUGUGGAAUGUGCGGGGCAGAGCUGGAUACGGAUGAGAAUGGGAUCUACAGACCUUGCUACCCCUGCCUGCCUCAUACUGGAGUACGCAGAUAUUACAGGCCUGUAGUUUUGACAGUAAGAGAAGGACAGAAUCAGAUCUGUGUUCAGGUUCCACCCACAAUGGUGCAGAAGAUCCUGCUCAACAUUUCACCAGACAAGCUUAACAAGAAGACAGCUCCAGAAUCAGAGGAGAGGUUUGUUCAGGUGGUGGCAAAGAGGAUCCACUCCAUCCUGUUCACACCAAGACUCGCCUUUCAUCUCGUCAUCCGCAGCUAUUUCAAGUGUGAUGAAAACAGCAUUCCUAUCAUCCAAACUUUUCUACUGUUAGAUUUUAUUUCUCAGGAAUCAUGAGGCCAUUAACACAGGGGUUUGCAAACUUAUUUGGCCAGUGACCCCAUUUUAAGAGCAACAACCCCACCAUAACCCCUCUUCUUACCCUGUGGGCUAUUUAUUUUGUGCAGUAUUGUAAAUAGGACCAAAUUCCACAGAAUUUUAGCUCAUUGAUUAUAUUUAUUUAUUUAUAUUUGGAUUGCACGAUUGUGCAGUGGGUAGCGCUGCUGCAUCCUUUCUGUGUGGUGUUUGUAUGUUCUCCCUGUCCACAUACAUUUCUCAGGGUGCUCAGGUUUCCUCCCACAAGUUAAAAAACAUGCAGUCAGGCCAACUACAGCUAAUAAAAUGUAAAUGUGUGUGUCUGUCUCUGUCCUGUGGUGGACAGGCGACUGGUUCGAGGUGUUUCUUGCUUUUUGCCCAUUGAAUAAGACCCACUGUGACCCUGACCAGGAUAAAGUGGGGGUAAAACAGACAAUGAAUGAAACUUCUGUCACCCUAUAUGCAUCUCAGGUGACCCCAAAUGGGAUCCCAAACCUAAGAUUAAGAGCUGCUGCAAUAACAUGUGAUUUUAAUAAUGAUAAUAAUAAUAAUGUGAUUUUAAACGUGACCUGUUUUGUAUGAAUUUUUAAUGGAUUUUUAAGUGCACCGGAAUUAUUUUUAAAUCUUACAUUGAAUAAUACUAAA